AUGGCGGCAGUGGCUGCAGCCUCCGCGGAACUGCUCAUCAUCGGCUGGUACAUCUUUCGCGUGCUGCUGCAGGUGUUCCUGGAAUGCUGCAUUUACUGGGUAGGAUUCGCUUUUCGAAAUACUCCAGGGACACAGCCCAUUGCGAGAAGUGAGGUGUUCAGGUACUCCCUGCAGAAGCUGGCAUACACAGUGUCGCGGACCGGGCGGCAGGUGCUGGGCGAGCGCCGGCAGCGGGCCCCCAACUGAGACCCCAGCCCCCUGCCCUGGGCGGCCGUGUCACCAGGUGCUCCUGUGCCUCUAGGCCAGCACGGGAGCCAGUGCCGCACAGGAAUGGGGUGGCCCCAGUGCUCACUCGCCAGAGGAGCACUUGCCAAGGUCAGUGAGGGCCCGAAUGGCCCCCGGAGAAGCAGCACCGAUGACACCACCAGAUCCCUUCCAAACCCCUUUACACUGGUCCCCCCGCGGGGCGGGGUAGAGGGGGCAAGGGGAAUGGAAGGAGCAGACCCUGAGAUCUGGGCAUAGGCACCGCAUUAAGAAUCUGGACCAAGUCUGGACAGCGCCACCCCGCCUGCAGCCAUUCCAUACCAGCAGGCCCCACCACGGAAAUCCAGACCACCAUCAGCAAGAACAUUCCUCCACCACCACCACCAGCUCUGAAGACUUGACUCCUGCGGUGCAGCAGAAAAGGCCCCUGUGUGCCUGUGUGGCGGGACUCGCGGAGGGAGGAGGGUUGGGAGUGGGCCCCUCUCACUGUCCCUUGCCUACGGCACAUUCAUUCCAGCCUUGCUGCCUUUGCUCCCUCUAUUCCCCUUGUCCUCCUUACCCCCACCGUCCCCACAAGCGCACCUCACGCUAAAGAAAUGUCACUCAAUUCGAACCUACUCAAGCAGUAAACUAACCCUGCCCUACUAAGCCAACCUGACCCUCACUGAUCUUGCUUUUCCCUGGUCUCACGCAGUUGUGGUCGAUAUUGUGGUAAUUGCUAACUGUACUGACUGUAUAAGUGUGCAUUAGUUGUGUCUCCCCGGCUAGAUUGUAAGCUCCUGGAGGACAGGGACCACCUCUACAAAAAAUAAAAACUAGUGCCUCCCCCA